AUGGCUGCCGUCCAGGUGGAUGCGGGAUACAUCGCAGGCCAUCUAGGCCUCGAUCAGCCCGUCAUUACCAACUUGACGACACAGCCCACCAUCGAGCUUGUUUCCACCCUGCUUCAGGCUGUCGCCGCCAAGGCCCACGAGUUUGACACCUUGUACGCCGAGAAGCUUCAGACCGACAUUGAGCUCGAAAACGCCGUCCGCAGCUCCGAGUCUCGCUCGACGGCCUCAAAAGCUACUGCUGAGAAGGCUCUGAAGGAGCUGGAGGAGACGCGGCAGCAACUCCGUGAAGAAGAAAACAAGCGCCAGAACGUCGAGAACGAACUUCAGUCACUCAAGGCAAAGGAUGCAAGCCACGAUGAUGAGAUCAAGGCUCUCAGCGACAAGAUUGAGACGCUCCAGUCAUCGAACCGAACCAGCCUGAGCAUCAUCGAAUCAAACAACAAGCGCGAUCAGACCCUUACCGAGGAGCUCACCAAACAGCAUCAGAAGAAUGUCGAACUCUCUCGCGAAAUCACGUCGCUUCAGCAAGCCGAACAGAAUGCCAGGGGCCAGCUCAGCAGUGCCAAGUACCGCGAAGAAUCCCUCCAGCAGCAGCUCGACCUUGCCCGCCGUAACAGCGAGUGGCUCGAAUCCGAACUGAAGACCAAGAGUGACGAGGCCCUCAAAUACCGUAAAGAAAAGGGUGCUCGCAUCGCAGAGCUCCAGCGACAAAACGAAGAUGCCAAAUCCGAGAUGGAAACUCUUAAGAGGGCCGACCAGCAGCUGCGUGAGCGACUGGCUACUAUGCAGGCAAAAGCGGACGAAGUCCUCGUUAAGCUGCAGCAGCAGGAGGGCUCGUUUGCCACAACGAUAGAAAGCUACAAGCACGAACUUGAUGAUCAGCGCCGCUUGGCUGACAUGUCAGACCAGCUUAGCAAGAAACACCAGGAACGCGUACGCGAUCUUGAGAACGAAAAGGCCCGCCUCAGAGACAACUACGAAGGCGAGAUUCACCGUGUUCGCGUCGAGCUAGAGCAGGAGCGCCAGGCCGGAUCUGAGCUCGAGGAGAAGAUUAGGAAUAUGGAGAGCGAGAUUGACGAGCUCCACAUCCGUGCUGAGCAGGCACCGCCUGCAUCCUCAGGCCCCCAAACCCCCCGUGCCAACGGCGCCUUUGCCCCGCGGGCAUCGUCGCCUUUUGCCACGCCCGGUUCGAUCCGCAGCAAGUCGGUCAUUACCGCUACCCAGGCCAUCGAACAGCUCUAUCAGGUCAAGGCACAGCUGGCUAGCGAGAAGAGGAGGAGCCACCAGCUCUCGGAGGAGUUGGACAGCAUGAUGGCCGACCUUGAGGCCAAGGCGCCCGAGAUCCAAGAACUCCAGUCCGAGGCCGAGACCCUGCGCACAGAGAUUGCAAGGAUAAGGGCCGCUAGAAAGGCGGAGUCGGCUCUCGCAACCGCUCAGGCCGAGGUCAACAUUCUGCGCAACCAGGUCCGCGACCUGGGCACCCAGACACAGUACCUCGUUUUCAAUAUUUAUGCACUCGAGAAGGGCAUGGACAAGCUCACCGACGAGGAGAAGAUUCGCUUGCAGCAGCUUGAAAGGGGCGAAAUCACCGAGGAGGCCCUUUCCGACAUGUCGGACACCCACCAGUUCAUUACGGAGCGCCUUGUCGUCUUCAAGGAUAUCAAGUCACUACAGCAGAAGAAUGAGGAGGUGCUUCGCAUCACGCGCGAGCUGGCUGAGCAGAUUGAGAGUGAGGAGGCUCUGGCAGCCAAGCACCAGGCCAAGCAGGACCACGACCAGGUUGAUAGGCUGCAGCAGGAGCUGGAACACAUGGCUGAGGAGGCCAAGUCAAUCAAGAACACGAUGGAGAGCUACAAAAUGGAGCGCGACAUGUUCCGCCGCAUCUUGCAGCAGCGCGGCGCCAACGGCAACGAUGCCUCCAUGAUGCGCGCAUCGCUUGAUGGCAGCCAGAGGUUCCCGCUUACCAGCAUUGAGCCUGCCGAGCAGAUUGAAUCCUUGAAUGAGGCCCUCCGCAAGCUCCAGUCCGAGUACGAUGGUUUCCGCGACGCGCAGGACGGUGUUCGCAAGGAUCUCCGAAGCCAGAUUGAACACCUGACGGCCGAGAAGAACUCGCUGCAGACGGAGAAGAUCAAGCUUCACGGGGAGGCCCGACUUGAGUCCGAGCGGAGGGAGAUGCUACAGAGCAACUAUGUUGCCCUCCAGACCGAGAAUAUGGAGCUGCAGAAGCGCAGCCAGGCUCUGUCCGAGACGGCCGCCAAACAGGAUAUCCGAACCCAGCAGGUUGCCGAGGAGCUCAUCGAGGCCAGAGGGCUCCUGGACAGCAUGCGCAAUGAGACGGCCAAUCUCAAGGCCGAGAAGAAGCUAUGGAAUGACAUUCACGAACGCAUGACAAAGGACAACGAGGGUCUUAUCGAAGAGAAGAACAGACUAAACAACCUUCUAUCGACCCAACAAUCCCUUGAAAAUGAGAGAGCCAUGUCGGAGUCGGAGGCCCGUCGCAAGGCCCAAGCUCGCGUCGAGACGCUGGAGCGGGAACUGAGCGAUGCGCAGAGGAAGCUCAACAGCGAAUCUGAGGAGACCAAGAAGUUGCAGUUGAGGAAGGAAUAUGAGGUCAAGGAGGCCCAGAAGCGCAUCGACGAGCUCAUGGCCAGUCUUAGCCAGCUGCGGGAGGAGCACCUACGCAACGCCGAAGAGCGUGUCGGCCGUCUGCAGCCGCGACCUACUCCUCGCCCUGGUGUCACAGCCAACAACGACCAGGAGCUCGAGCUGGAGAUUCAGGAUCUCAAUAACGAAGUCUCGGACCUCAAGCGCGAGCUGGACCUGGCCAAGACCCAUCUAGAUAACACCAAGGCCCAGGCCGAACAAUAUAAGGAGCUCAGCCAGAGCAACGAGGAGACUCUUGAGGACCUACGGGUGUCUCAAAGCCAGUACCAGCAGGAGAUGGAGGUGCUUGUGGAGGAGAAGAACAAGAAGAUCAAGGAGCUAGAGCAGCGCAUCGAGGAUAUGUCUAGUGAGCUGUCGCGCUCUAACUCUGAACUUUCGAGCCUGCGUGACUCCAUGGGAGAAGUCGCACGACGCUACGAGGACGAGAAGGCCAUCCUGGACGAAGAGGUUGCGCGACUCAAAGAAGACAGCGCCAGGCACAUGGAAAUGUCCCGCUUCCACCAGCAGGACCUCCGAGCACAGGCCGACAUCGCCACCAAGGCCCAGCAGGAUUACGAGCAGGAGCUGGUCAAGCACGCCGAGGCCGCCAAGCUUGUACAGCAGCUGCGUGGCGAAUACAACGAACUCAAGAGCGAGACGACAUCCCUACGCACUGAGGCUGAGUCAGCCAAGGUUACGCUGGCCCAGAGCGAAGCAUCGUGGGAGGACCAGAAGCAGCGUCUCGAGCAGGAGAUUGACGAGCUCAAGGCGCGCCGCAAGGAUGUGGAUGCCCAGAACAAGCUUCUCCACCAGCAGCUUGAAGGCCUAACGUCCCAGGUCAACUCACUUCAGCAGAAGCGCGACCCCGAGUCCGGUGGCGGCGACGGCGACGAGGGCAUGUCACCUGUGCCCAUCGGCGAUGCCAGCGAGGGUCUCCGCGAACUCAACAGCUACCUGCGCCGUGAAAAGGAGAUUCUCGAGGUGCAGUACGAUCUCAAGACCCAGGAAUCGAAGCGCCUCCAGCAGCAGCUCGAGUACACGCAGUCUCAGCUCGACGAGACGAAGCUCAAGCUAGACCAGGAGCGCAACCAGGCGGCGCAGAACGGCCGCUCAUCCAUCAUGCACCAGGAUCUCAUGGACAAGCUCAACGAACUCAACCUGUACCGCGAAAGCAGCAUGACACUCCGCAACGAGAAUGCCAGGCUCAAGGGGUUGGUCGCGGAGAAGACGAAGCUGGUCGAGCAGAUUGAGGCCAAGGUGCAGCCGCUAGAGGCUGAGAUCGACACCAUCAAGACGCAGAAGACGUUCCUGGAGGAGGAGAUUAAGCAGGUACAGGAGGAUCGCGACCGCUGGCAGAAGCGUGUCGAAGGUAUCCUCACCAAGCUCGAGGCGGAGUGCAAAUCGCUCAAGGAGUCGGAGCAGCCGCUCAAGGACCAGCUGGCCGAGAUUACGGCGACGCUGGAGACGGAACGCAACAACUGGCAGACGACACGCUCCAAGCUCGCGGAGCAGUUCAAGGAGCGCUCGCGCAAGCUCACCGGCGAGAGGAAUGUGGCCAUGCAGCAGCUCCACGAGGCGCAAGAACAGCUCAGCCAGAAGACAACGGAGCUGGAGAAUGUGCGCAAGGAGGCGACCGAGUCGACGACACAGAAGUCACAACUGCAAAAGCAGAUUGAGGAUUUCAAGAAGCAGGUUGACGAACUGCGCCAGCAGCAGCCGCAGCAGCAGCCAGCACCUCCCCUGGACGCCAUGGCCGUGGACCAGCAGCCUCAGGCCGCUGCCGCUCCAGUACCAGCCGAGGCCUCUGUUUCGGCCGAGGUCGUGGCCCAGCUUGAGAGGCAGCUCACAGACGCCCGCAAGGAGCUCGAGGCGCUCAACGCCCAAAAGCUGGGUGCUGAGCAGCAGCUCGAAAUCCUUCGCACCGAGAUGCAGGCGGCUGUGGCGGAACGAGACCGGACGAUCCAACAGCUCCAGGAGGCGACAGCAGCUGCUCCCCAGACGAGCGGUGAAGCGGCCGAUGGCUCUACCCAGGCUGCUGCCCCUACCCCCGCCUCUGCGCCUGAAGCCACCCAAGGUGGCGUUGCCGGCCUCUCGGACGAGGAGCGCAAGGCACUCCAAGACAAGAUCGCUGCGGCCGAGGCCAAGGCAGCCGAGUAUGAGCAGCGGGCAAUUGAGGUUGAGAGCAAGAUCCAGCAGACGAUCAAGGAGCGCUCGGACCGCAUGAAGGACACGCUUAACUCGAAGCUCCGGGAGCGCCGGACACAGAUGGACGAGGAGUACAAGAAGAAGGAGGAGGAGUGGGGGCUCAAGCUGGAACAGGAAAAGGCCAUCUGGAAGGCGGAGAACGCAGCUGCGGCGGCCGCGCCCAAUAGCGAGCAGGCGCCCCCCGCUACGCCCCAGCCCAAGGUCGAGGCGAGUAGCGGGCAGAAUGGCAUCGGACAGCAAGAAGCACCACCGACGCCGAGCACAGCAACGGGCGGCGCCGGAUUCGACCUGUCACAGCUCGACGAUGCGGCCACAAGCGCCGAGUUUGAGUCUAAGAUCAUGGCUGCUAGGGAGCAGGCACAGAUGCUCGAGUCCAAGAAGUCGACGCUGCGCAUCAACAUGAGCGAGAACAAGCUCAAGGCGGCGGUGGCCAAGCUGAGCGUGGUAGAGACAGCGGCCAAGGACACGCCUCAGAAACCCGUCGUUGAGGUUUGGGAGGUGGCCAAGAAGGCCAAUGCCUUGGCAGCUGCCUCUUCGACGCCCAAGCCGGCCGCCGUUGCUGGUACUCCUGGCACUGCUCCUGCCACCCCCAUUGCUGCCAAGCCUGCAGCACCGAGCCCGGCAACUCCGGCCGCAGCGGCCUCGAUGCCCGCAGGGACCAACGCAACUGCCUCCGAAGGAACGCAGCAGCAGGGUCAGGCGACGGCCCAGGGCACUCCUGCUUCUGGCCUUCCGCCGGCGCCUAAGAAUCCGUUUGAAGUGGCCAACAAUGGCGCCUCGGGGACACCAAACCCAUUCGCGACGGCGGCAGCACCUCCCCAGGCUAGGCCCCAGCAACCCCAGCAAGCUCAGCAGGCUCAGCAGACUCAGCAGCAGGGCCAGCAGCAACCUCCGCAACAGCAGGACCAGCAGCAGCCUUCGAAGCUGCCUGCUAAGCCCCAGGUCCCUCCGCCGCAGCAACAGGGUCAGCAGGGCGGCUCAGGCCUCCCCAUGCCACGCGGCGGCGGCGCAGGACGCGGACGCGGAUCCUACGUUCCCCCGGGACAGAGAUCUGCCAGCGGCGGCGCAGGACACGCUUCUGGACUUCCUCAGCCCGGUCGCGGCGGUCGCGGAGGAGGCCGUGGUGGACGUGGAGGAGGUCCUGGCAAUCUAAAUCCCAACUCUCAGGAGUUCCAGCCAGGGACCAAGAGGCCUCGUGGAGAUUCCGAGGUUGGCGGAGGAGUCAAGAGGGCAAGGGGAGCUCACUAG